UGUAGAAACCGAAACGGAACGAUAUUCGUCCAAUUGAAGCAAUUAAUAAUUGACUUAUCACAAUUCAGGACAGACGUUUCCUCGCUUUUAAGGCACGCUGUUCAAUGCUAAUUUUCAGUCUCGUUUAAACUGGCAAGGCGUUACUUGUAAACUCAAAUAGUAACAGCAUUUCAAUUUACACAAAGAAAAAUGGAAGAUCUUAGUUUUAUCCCGGAUAUCCUUAGCGGGCCUCUGGAUGUUUAUAGAAACACCGCAUCGUUUAACUGGAAACGCCUUAAACUGUCUUUGGAAGGAGACCUCGAAUUGUUAAAACUUAAGUACAAAAUAUGGCACAUCUUAGAAAGGGAUCCAUUGUUUGCUCACAAUCAAGUUACACCGUCAGUUGAAGAACAGAAGCGUAUAACACAACUUCAACUUAAGAAAAUCAAUGAAUACAAAUUUGUCACCAAGGAAAUUUUCAAUUCUAGUUACAGCAAAAGGACUAGAGCUAUAAUGACGAUUAACGAAGCGGUUCAAUCGCUGAAUCCCAGUGUCUCAGUCAAAAUGGCCAUUGGAAUCUAUCUGUUUUCCAAUGCGCUACUCUCUCUAGGCACAGAACGACAUCACAAGUUCUAUGAAGCAACUAUACUAAAUAGAGAGAUCCUGGCGAGUUUCGCGCUGACGGAGAUAGCGCACGGUUCGGACGCGCGACUGAUGCGUACGACCGCGACGUACGAUGCGACGCGACGCGAAUUCGUCGUGCACACGCCAGACUUCGAGGCGGCUAAAUGCUGGGUUGGUAAUCUAGGCAGAACGUGCACACACACUUUGCUGUUCGCGCAGCUGAUCAUGCCCGACGGCACCAACCACGGCCUGCACGGCUUCGUGGUGCCCAUCCGAGACCCCGACACGCUGGAGACCUACCCCGGCCUCGUGGUAGGGGAUAUGGGCGAGAAGAUCGGCGUUAACGGUAUUGAUAACGGAUUUAUAAUGUUCAAUCAGUACCGGAUACCGCGAGAGAAUCUGUUGAACAGGGCCGCGGACGUCACCGAGGAGGGCCAGUACGUCAGCUCAUUUUCAGACCCAUCCAAAAUACUUGGCGCUGCGUUAGAAAAUUUAUCUGCAGGUCGUAUCGGCAUAAUGCAGGAGAGCUGCCACUCUCUGGCGAGCGCGGUGUCGAUCGCGGUGAGGUACGCGGCCACGCGCACGCAGUUCGGCGAGCAGGACAACGAGAUACCUCUCAUUGAGUACGACUUACAUCAAUGGCGUCUGUUCGGGUACGUGGCGGCGGCCGUCGUGUUCAGAAUAUACAUUGAAAGAUUCGCACAAGUAUACCUCAAUAUUGUAGAGAAGUCGCAUAUGGGAGAAAAUGUUGACAAUUUGAGCGAGGCGGUGUCAGAGAUCCACGCGAUGGUGUCGUGCAGCAAGCCGCUGCUGACGUGGACCACGAUGGAGGCGGCGCAGCAGUGUCGCGAGGCGUGCGGCGGACACGGCUACCUCAAGAGUGCGAACCUGGGCGACAUCCGCAGCAACCACGAGCCGACUGUGACGUACGAGGGCGACAACAACGUGCUGCAGCAGCAGGCCGGCAACUGGCUGCUCAGGCAGUACGAGGCGGCGCGCGGCGGAGCCAACCUCGACUCUCCCCUCAACACCGUCGCCUUCCUCCGCAACCACACCACCAUCGCCAAGAUCUCCUUCACCGCCACCAACACCGCCCAACUCAAGACCACGCAAUUCAUAAUGUCGACGUACAAAUGGCUGAUAUGUUAUUUACUGAAGCAAACAUACGAAAAAUACGAAGCCCUCCUCGCUAAAGGUCUUACUAAAUUCCAAGCCAAGAACAAAUCUCAAGUGUACAGAUGGCGGAAUUUAACCAAAGCUUACUCUGAAUAUUUAGCUCUAAUGUUCACUCUGGAAUCUAUAGAGAAGAAAGAAGAGACGUUACAGCCGGUCCUAAAGAAGCUGUUCACUUUGUAUGGUCUGUGGUCAUUGGAUAGACAUUUAGUGGAACUUUACCAAGGAGGUUACUGUGUGGGGGAGGAGCCGGCGCGGCUGCUGAGGGAGGCUGUGAUGGAGCUGUGCGGAGAUCUGAAGAGCGAGGUGGUCAGUGUGGUGGAUGCGCUCGCACCCACCGACUUCGUGCUCAACUCUGUGCUGGCCAAGAGUGAUGGCAGAUUAUACCAAAACCUGCAGAAAGCGCUGGUGGGUCACCCCGGCACGUUCUCGCGCGCCUCCUGGUGGCGGCAAGUCGUGCCCUCCGCCAAACUGUAACUGCUCACAUCACUGCAUCACUGCAUCACUAACUGUACCCUUACAACAUUCCUAACAUCAUACAUUUAAAAUAUUUACAUUAUUUUUCCUUUAUUAAAAUAAAAAUCUUGUAUUUAAUAUGAUUUUUUCAAUAGGUUUGAGAAAAAUCAAGCAUUUAAAGGUUAAACAUUGUAAAAACUGUCAAUCGCAUACACUGUACGAUAUUUCUUUGGAAAUUUUUAUUUUGUGUCAAAUUUCUUUAUUUUGUUUAGCUUAUCAGAGAAAAUUAAAUGAUGACAGUUGUUUGUUUAGGAUUUUUUAGACUUGAUUUAAAAUAGCGUAUAUACUAAAUUUGAUCAGAUAUCGUUUGACAUGUAAAGUGUGACUUUACAUUUUUGUUCAUUAUCUGUGGGAAUUCCAAUGAAAUAAUCAAAAUAAACGUGAAGCCGGUAAUAUAUGUAAGUAAUUGAUCACCCUUAACUUAGGGUAGGCUCCGAGCCCCUCGGUGGAGACGUAUAGUGAGCUGAUGAUGAUGAAUUGAACUUA